CUGUCACCUUUCAUUAAUCAACUUGCUUCGUUGGAGGUUGCACUACACUAUGAAAAUAUACUUAAACAAUUUUGCUCGGGGGGGGAUUAUGAUUGAUGGUGGUGGUGGAAGUGGUGGAUAUAGAAGAGGACGUGGAAGUGGACGUGGUGGAGGAAUGAGAGGAGGAAAUGUAAAAAUGAAAGUUUUUAGAGGAUAUUGCAAUUUUUGCAAAAAUAUUGGCCAUAAAGAACGGGAGUGCCUCAAGAAAGAGGCUCCAGCAGCAGCGGUGGCGGCUCCAGCAGCAGCGGUGGCAGCUCCAGCUGCGGUGGCGGCUGCAGCAAUUAUGGGGGGGGGGAAAUUAAAAUUUUUUUUUUAAUAAAGAUUUUUUUUUAACACUGAGUUUUUUAAUUUAUAGUUGAUUUCGCUUUUGUUAUAAGUCAAACGUGAACUCAUUUAGUUUAUUUCAGACUUUGAAAGAUUUUUCAGUAACACAUUAAUUAAAAUUAAAAUGUCUUCUGUGUAAGUAAAGUGAAUAAACAUUUAACAUUACAGAGAUUGCGAUAUUUCUGUAUAAAAUUAUUUUAAUUCAUUAGUUAUU